AUGGCGUACUCCACCUGGAAGAGCCUCCCCUCGGGGGAAAAGCUCUUCGCCAUCUUCGCCUUCGGGGCCUGCGGCUCCUUCAGCGGCGAGACGGGCGCCACGGUGAAGUGCGCGGGCGACGGCGGGGACAUGAGCGCCAUCUCCGUGCAGUUCGGCUACCCCUUCAGGUUGUACCAGGUGCCCUUCGACAUGCCCACCUGCGAGGGCGCCUCCGAGAGCCAAACCCUGCACCUCGUCGGCGACUUCUCGGCGCCCGCUGAGUUUUUCGUGACCCUGGGGGUCUUCUCCUUCCUCUACGCCAUGGCGGCCCUGGUGCUCUACCUGCGCUUCCAUUCCCUCUACAGCGACAACAAGAAGCUGCCGUUCACGGAUUUCUGCAUCACCGUCUGCUUCGCCUUCUUCUGGCUGGUGGCGGCGGCGGCCUGGGGCAAGGGGCUCAGCGACGUCAAGGCRGCCACGCGGCCCUCCAGCCUCAUCGGCGCCAUGAGAGUGUGCCAGGGCCAGGAGGCCGUGUGUAACGCGGGCGCCACGCCGGCCAUGGGGCUGGCCAACAUCUCCGUGCUCUUCGGCUUCAUCAACUUCCUCCUGUGGGCCGGGAACUGCUGGUUCGUGUUCAAGCAGACGGCGUGGCACGCGCCCGCCGCCCCCCGCGACAGCGCCGCCGAGCAGGGCGCCAUCGACAAGCAGUAG